GCUCAGUUAGGAGGUGGUGGGGCGCGUAGCUCUUCUUUGGCGAUCCAGAAGUGGGCUCACUUACACCUACCUUAUCGGAGCAGGGUGUUCGAGAUAAAUAAAUUUAACACUCUAGAAGAGUUCAAAUAAUGUGUCUAAGAUUUCGAGGGAAAUUAACGGUGCAUUUUCCGAAUCAUUUAAAUAACAUUACUACUUUCAGCAAGUAAGGAUACUGUGUCUUACUUACCACAAUUUAAUCCUUCUUCACAUUUACCUGGUCUUGAUUCUUUGACCAGAAGGGGAAGGUAUCUAAAGGUCCUUUACAAUUCGGACCUGUUUAGGAGAAGAAUCCUUUUCUUUAUUUAGUUUCAACAAGUCAUGAUAUGAUUAGCAAAUCCGAAGCCACCAUAUAGUACUAUUGCUAUUUAGUCGAGAUAGGAUAUUGCAUUGGGACCGAUGAACAGCCCAUUUCUUCGUCAAAACUCGAGCAAGUUCUUCAACGCGUUGAUGCUACGAGAAUCCAAAAGUUCAAAUCAGAAAGAGUAAACAACAAUGCAGACACCCAUUGAAGAUGCAACCUUGGCCAUUCAUAAAGGUGAUCGUGACAAGUGUCAUCUGGUGACGACGGUCUACUGAGAUCAUCCCAAGAUGAGGGAAACUCGAUGUGUUGCAAUGGUUGUCUCACAGCUUCUUCUACUCAACCAUCUCCUCAUGGGCUUAGCUCACAAUAAUUACCCAAUAGAUUCCCUUCAUCCAAACGCUAUCGAUGGCAUCUACUACUCCAAGCAUGGAGUCACGAAGCCCUUCAAAUCCCCCGUUAGCUAUGAGCUCGUUGGAGCAGAAGAAUCAAACGGCUGCAGCGCGGGGUGUAGCGCGUGCUCGGCAGUGAACGGCUGCCUGUCGUGUCGCGCGCCAUACUUCCUCUCCCUGCGACGGGAAGGCGCGCGACAGCUCGCCUCCUGCCACAAGUCCUGCCCCGCUGGCUUCUACAAAACUCGACUCGACAACUACCGAGUGUGUGCCCGCUGUUUUAUGCCGGGCUGCCGGGUCUGUCGGCGGGCGGACCGAUGUAGCGUCUGUGAAGAGAGCUUCCGUAAAGACCUCAAGUCAGGGCUCUGCGUGCAGCCUUCAGAUGAAACAUCUGUGUCGGCGAGCUCAAUGCCAAGUACUGAUCUCAGAAUGCACCAAUCUUCAGGUUUCUCUUUGAACAGUUCAUCAUUUCGGAAACUCCGUUUGCGACGCCGUAAGAAAGGAAGGAAAAAUUCUAAUGCCAGACGCCGACGACUUCGAGGACGGGGAAACAGGCGACUGAACAAUCGAAGACGCAAGCAAAUGAAGCUUAGGAAACUAAGAAAGCUUGACCCGGCCGAAAAUGAAGUCCUGGUUGAUACAAAUCUCAAUCUACCACUCUCAUUGAAGGGGUCAACUAGCCUGAAUCACGAGAAAGUUACUCUUAGUAAAAGAAAGAAUGUCUACCGUGGUGUAAACACAGCAAAAUGGAAGAGACUUGAAAGAAUUCGCUCAAGAAAUGAGCUUGACUAUUAUGGCAAUGGAUUAGACGAUCCUUUGUCUAUCUCCCCUCUCCAAGAUAGUCGAAGAAAAAUUCUCAAGUGGAGCAAGAAUCCCCCUCAAGUUUCUCUGGCAAGACCGAGUCGGCACAUCAAAGUUGGAUUUAGAAACGCAAUUAAUUUGCCCAAAGAUGGCCGACAUGUUAUUGAUAAUUCGAACCAAACGAUCCAUGAAAAGGAAGUAAGUCUAGAUUCCAGACAGCUUGGAAACCCAAUUCGUCUCGAUAUCGAAGGUACGAGCAAGACCAAUCAAGUAGUUCUCAAAAGCCGUAAACGUGCUACUGGUUUCAACAGCCGAUCUCACCGAAGAAAUCAAUUUCAGAGUUUCCAAAAUUUCUCAAUGAAUAACUCCACUCAAAAUGAGGGUGGCGUUCGGGUAAACAGGACUAAAUGCAGAGCAUCAGGUAGGAAUUGUGAGUUGCAAUCCAGUAGUUCAGCUCGCAUAGGAAGGCGUCGAAUGAAAGCACGGAGGCGAGCUCGUCGCAAAAUUAGGGCUCAGGGUGAGAUAUUAGAAUUAAGUAAUUAGAAUUACCAUCAUUAAAAAACUUAACUUGAAUUAAAAUCAAAUUUUUUCAUCUUUUUCAACAGAAACUUUGAACGUUAUACAAAUUGAUGAAGUAAAUUGAACAUACGUCCUUCGAGAUUAGACUGGCAUGGUGUAAAAUUAAAUUAUAUUAUAGAUAUCGAACUUCCAUGCAAAAGACUGUAUUGUAAAAUAAUUUUCAAUUUGUGUUUAUAGUUUUUAAAAGUUAUUUCUCAAUUGUGUAUAGUUUUAUUGUGUUAGAUUUACAGCAGUUUUUUUUAACCGUGAUCAGAACGAACAUGUUGAGUUGCUUUUAAAUUUACCGUCGAAAUAGACAAAUGGCUUCAUUCAGUUACGUAAAUGGUACUCUUUUUUUAACGUUAAGGAUAAAUAUCUUAAAAUAGUUAUAUCUAAAAUCAAAUUUAAGUAUCCGAAAUGUUGUAACUUUAAAUAUAGGUUUAUAUUCUCUAGCAUUGGACUGACAAAGUUAUUGUUUCGAAUGAAGUGUGAGAAAAGCUCCAUUGCUCUCCGGACCACUUUCCUUUAUAUAACGACAUGUGAACUAACUAACCUGCUUUGUAUUUAAAUAGCUUCAUCGAAUAUCGAACUGCCUGAAAGAAUUCUACCGUCGCUGAGCUAGAGAAUAAUGAACAUCGUCUGAUAGUCGGGCAUAUCGUUCACUCAAGUCAAUGAUAGAGUGACUAACUGUAUCUUAUACAGAAAGUGAUAUACUUUCAAUGGGUCUCCCUCACUCACUUUUGUCACGCGACUGAUUUUAAUGAGUUACAUCUGAAUCAUUUUGAGAUUAAUCGAUAGAAUAAAAUGAGUCUUGGAGCAUAUGUGAGUCAGGAACACGCAAAGUGCAUUGUCUUUCAAAAAAGUCCGAUUGAGUCAUUCAGACUCCAGUACACAUAAAUCCAGGGUGCACGGAACUCACGCAUAACCCAAAUCCGUCCGAUUAAAACGCACGUUAUUUCGAGGAACGAGAGCUGAAAAAUCCCAAAAUUUAAAAUCAUAGUUUUUUGGCAUCUUAAGGCUGCCGCGGCUACUCGCAAAUACCUCACAAUAUCUGUGAUCAGGUUGGAGUGAAUUUAGUGACCGAAUAGAAGUUAUAAACUAUGAUGAUUUAUAAUAUGGUUUUCCAUAAUAUAGGUGAAUUACUUGUGAUCGUCGAUAAUCGCGCAAAUGUUCGUACAGGCUCAUAAACGCAGCAAACAGAAUUCCCCGAAAUAAUUUUUUUAUAUUGCUAAAUGAGUUACAUACUUAUAGAAGUUAUAGUUUAUUUAGAACGAGUCGCAAUUCAUCUCGACGACGCCCGUCCUUACGCAUCUCUACUUACCUACCAUUAAAUAAAAAUAAAGUGCCUUCAACGCAGCUUGGAUGGCGAAUAAUAUUUUGUUUUGGUGUUCAACUGUGAUGGCAUCGCCUUCUUAACUAAUCGCUUCCUCGUGCAUAGUACGAGUGAGGUCCUGGGAAAUGAGUUUGAAAGCGCACAAGUUCUUUUAUUUAGAGGAUAGAGUUGAAAAUCAGAGUUUAAAGGGAUAAUUUCAUUUGAUCAUUUCAGAGGUUAAUUUGUUUUUUUUUUCACGCUCCAAGCCAAAAGUAGGCGUUAAAUAUACUGAAUCUCCAUUUA